AUGCCUGUUGUGGGUGUUGACGAGUGUGUGUUAAAUCCCUGUCAUAAUGGAGGGACCUGUAUUGACGGACAUUUGAGCUACAACUGCAGGUGUGCAGCUGGAUACGCUGGGCCUCACUGUGGAACAAGUGUCAACGAGUGUGCGUCAAAUCCCUGUCAACAUGGUGGGACUUGUGUUGAUGAACAUCUAGGCUACAAAUGUACGUGUAUAAAAGGAUUUACUGGGACUGUAUGUGAAACAGGUGUCAACGAGUGUGCGUCAAAUCCCUGUCAACAUGGUGGGACUUGUGUUGAUGAACAUCUAGGCUACAAAUGUACGUGUAUAAAAGGAUUUACUGGGACUGUAUGUGAAACAGGUGUCAACGAGUGUGCGUCAAAUCCCUGUCAACAUGGUGGGACUUGUGUUGAUGAACAUCUAGGCUACAAAUGUACGUGUAUAAAAGGAUUUACUGGGACUGUAUGUGAAACAGGUAAGCUUUUUUUGUUGCAUGCAUGUAUCCCUUUGAAAUUAAGUAAAAGAUGUCUGGGAAUUGCGGCAAUCUAUUUCAGGUGUCAACGAGUGUGCGUCAAAUCCCUGUCAACAUGGUGGGACUUGUGUGUCAACGAGUGUGCGUCAAAUCCCUGUCAACAUGGUGGGACUUGUGUUGAUGAACAUCUAGGCUACAAAUGUACGUGUAUAAAAGGAUUUACUGGGACUGUAUGUGAAACAGGUGUCAACGAGUGUGCGUCAAAUCCCUGUCAACAUGGUGGGACUUGUGUUGAUGAACAUCUAGGCUACAAAUGUACGUGUAUAAAAGGAUUUACUGGGACUGUAUGUGAAACAGUAAAAGAUGUCUGGGAAUUGCGGCAAUCUAUUUCAGGUGUCAACGAGUGUGCGUCAAAUCCCUGUCAACAUGGUGGGACUUGUGUUGAUGAACAUCUAGGCUACAAAUGUACGUGUAUAAAAGGAUUUACUGGGACUGUAUGUGAAACAGGUGUCAACGAGUGUGCGUCAAAUCCCUGUCAACAUGGUGGGACUUGUGUUGAUGAACAUCUAGGCUACAAAUGUACGUGUAUAAAAGGAUUUACUGGGACUGUAUGUGAAACAGGUGUCAACGAGUGUGCGUCAAAUCCCUGUCAACAUGGUGGGACUUGUGUUGAUGAACAUCUAGGCUACAAAUGUACGUGUAUAAAAGGAUUUACUGGGACUGUAUGUGAAACAGGUAAGCUUUUUUUGUUGCAUGCAUGUAUCCCUUUGAAAUUAAGUAAAAGAUGUCUGGGCUUUUCCUUUUACCGGCAAGAAAAAGAGCAUCUCCCUUAUUCGCCCUCGGUGAAAUUAUCAUUAGAAGCUUGCGGGGGUAUUUAAGGAAUUGGAUCUGCCACAGAAAUGAUUUCAUCUCCUGAUGUGGUUACAGAACGAACUAGUCUCUACCCAGUGGAAAUGCGGGAGCAUGAAAUAUAUUUAAUAACAUACCUAGAAGCUAUGCGACUUAAAAUGACUCAUUCUUUGAGAAUAAAUAUCCUGAGGAUAAAUCAAGCGAAACAUUGAUAAAACUAUGAUGGAAAAAAAAAAAAUGAAUUGUUUAAUUAAAAAGACAGUGUGACGGUGACUAACUCCUUAAAAGAGAACAAUAUAUGGCACGCACCUGUUUGAAUAAAACAUCGAUAAGUACCUUUGCUUAAACUCAGUGUCAAAAGGUGGUUAAAGGUUAUUUUAUAAAGUUUACCUACUGUUGAAAUUUAGGACCAAAAAGGAGUCCCAUCGGGAGAAAAACGCGUAAUAGGAGGGUACAGUUAUAGGUGUUAAAGAAAUGACUUUUAUUGUCCAUUGGGAACUGUAAAUUACUUUAUGCGACUAGCA